AUGGCCGCUCGAUCUUUGCCACAUCUACCGGGCCUCCAUCGAACGGAUCAAAUUCCAAUACGUAACAACGUCAGUAUGAUAUAUCGGAGAGGGAACCCCUCAUCUGGAAAGACAGAGAAGCUACUAAUCUGGUCUGGCCUCUUUGGCUCACCAAAAGAUUCCCCUCUUGUUUUCUCUGCUCAAUUUUCUCUUUCAUCCACUAAACCUGGAACUGUGAUCCCCACUUUCUCUCUCCAUUUCAAGCCCCAAUUCGGCAACUUUGCUCUUCACAAGGCCACUUCAUCAAACCCUAGCCUUGAACCAGAUUCUGGGUCUGACUCCAUUCCUGGAACCCGGUUCCAAUCUGGGUCAACUUCAAAUUCUGAAUUUGGAAAUGGGUUUGCCCUAGAUGGGUCAUCAGUUUGGCAAGAAGUGAAAUUGGAACCUCGUAGUGGAGUUGAUGAUGAUAGGUCAUUGGUGAGGGAAGAUGAUAAGAAAGCUGGGGUUUUUGGUGGAAUUGCUGUUAGAGCAAGAACAUUGUUUCCUGUGACAAAAAGAGGGGUGGUGAAUUUGAGGUGGGCUGUGAAUUUGCCUUCGGAUGUGGGGUCAAAAAUGCCAUAUUUGACGGUAAACAAGAUUGGGAUUGAGAGGGUCGAGGAGGUUAAGGAAGUGAAGGAAGUGAAGAGCAAGAGUAUUGAAAGUAAUGUGGAUGAUUUGGAAUUGUUGAAAGGUAUGUAUUCAUGGAUGAAAAGGGAUUUGGAAAUGUUGGACAAUGAGAAUAGGGAAAUGAAGCAGUGUCUUCAUGAUAUGAGACUUGGGGUUUCAGCUAGGAAUGUUCGUAGGGAAAGUGAGGGAAUUGGGAGGAGGGUUUCCACACCUUCUGUGGAGAAUUCAAACGAGUUUGAGCGAUGGAGGGGCAAGAAAAGUGUUGCUGACGACAAUGUGGAAGAGAAGUGA